AUAGCGUAAUAUUUUAUCUAUCAAUUAACGUUAGGUAAUAGUCGUCAUUGUUCAACAUGCCCAGUGUUAGGUUGCAUCUCAAUUCUUUGCCUAAUAAUCUACGACAAUGUUAUGCCAAAUUAUUAGAUCGGUGGUAUUUUCUACCCUAUUCAUUUCCGUUGUUUCACCUCAUUCCAAUCAGAAACUAAACAGACAAAAGAGAACGCUGGUGUUUGGAGACCUUACAGUUUUACAGUUGAUUUUAGGGUAUGCUAUCCCGGUUCCGGACUUGCUUGUGCCCUCCACGUCAUUGGGAUUUUUCGUGCGGGGAGUUUAUGGUGUUCCUUACAAUGCCAGCGACUUCACAAAUCCAGAAAUUCAGGAAGUUACACGAAAUUUACCGUCAUUGACACGAUGGGAUUUAUACAAAGUGUUUGAGAAGGAUUCCGAAGUGAAAGGCCAUGGUGGUCGAGUCUGCAUAUUGAGAGCAAUAUGCGAAGCUGCAGAAGCACCCAUAGAUAAAUAUCACGGUUUUUUUGAAGAAGUUUUACAUUUUAUAUUUACGCCUACAAGUACAAACGAAGAACUGAGUCACCAUACGGAUAACGAGUAUUAUGCAGCACAUCAUUUAGGAAAAAACAACAAAGGAAAAUGCAAACAGCUUUUUCCGAAUUGUAAAUUGACUCUGUUAGAUUUAUUUACGCAAUUUUACGAUAAUAUUAAUAAAUAA